AUGUUUCAACAGGCCCCCAUUCCGGAUCUUCCAACAUACCAGAAUAGGGUAGAUAAUACCCCCAAGUCCUUGAGAUCUUCUAUCGCCAUUAGCGAUCUCACGGCACUACGAAGUUUUCUCUCAGGUAAGUUGGACGAAUCUAAUGUAUCGCAUGGCGCGCCACUACACCUUGCAAUCUAUCUUGGCAAUACAGAAGCCGUCGACAUCUUACUACAAGCUGGCGCGGACCCUCUUAAAGAGCCAGCAUUUCUCGAUCUGCCGUACCUCACGACGCCCAUGGGACUGGCCGCUCGAUUGAGCAACCGUACUAUUCUCCAAAAGAUAUGGCGACAUGUCAAUCCCGAUAUCAAUACCUAUAAUAUGGAAGCCUUCGAUAGUUGCUUAGUGGAAGCAGCACGAUAUGGUGAUGUCGCCAUAUUAGGUGAUGUAUUGCACUGGAGUCGGAGUAAUUGGUCGCCUGAGUCAAGAAGCAGGGCUUUAAGUGCCGCAGCGGAAAAUUGGCAUGUCGAAAAUCUGCAGUUCCUUCUCUCCGAGAUUCCAUUUGAGGAAGGGGCACUGAACAUUGCAUUGGCUCAUGUAACAGUUAACAAGCUAUGCUUUGAACAUCGAGAUCAAACCGAGGCUGAAAUCGCUGCACGGUCACAAACGAUCAAGGUUCUUAUGGCUGCUGGAGCUAAUCCCAGCAAGCCUGGGCCUAGAUGGUUGUGCAUGGGUGAGCCUCUGCUUAUAUGGACCGCUCUGUGUAGGCAAUUGCAUAGUUGUCUGAAAGCAUUACUCGGUAAUGGUGCGGAUCCCAAUAUUACCAGCAGUCAAGGACAGACUGCAUUGUGCUACCUAGGAGCCCGGGUCAAGAGAGACUUUUUAUUCCGGAGAAGAAUCGAGGAUAACGAGCCGACCGAGGAUGUAUUUCAUACUCUCCUUGUCUACGAUGCUUCUGUCCUCCAUCAAGAUAUAACUGGGAACACUCCUCUUCACUUUGCCGCAUAUGGAUCGCCUCUCAACAUCCUCCAGCUACUUCUGUCAAGUUUGCCAAUUGAAUCGCAGAGAAACGCGCUCACAAUGCGUAAUUGCAAUGGCGAAACAGCCUUGCAUUUCGCAUCUGCAGGAGGUCAAAUUGAAACCAUCACGUAUCUCUUAUCUAAUAAUGUUGGCUCGGACAUUAACGAAACUGCCUCCAUGGGCUGGACACCAUUGCUAAGAGCCUUAGCGCCCACGGUCCCCAGUCUUGCAAGGACAAGAAAGAUCGAGGCAGCUCAGUUACUUCUAGCCCACGGUGCCGACCCUUCAACAAGUACACAGGAUGGCUGGACACCGCUUCAUUGCCUUGCUAUGAAUCCCAGCAGUGGGAAUGCUGAAAGGGUUGAUGGGAUCUCACAGCUGAUCGAGACACUGCUAUCGGGUGGUAUCUGUAUCAACAGUCGCGCUUCCUUUGCAUUUGACAAUCCUCCAAACCGCUCAGUAAGAAAGCAUAGAGUACAGGACGGUAUCGACUGUGGAUGUCUUGAGUCACAGUAUAUUGAGUCUCCUUUUGAAUGGGGAAAAGUUCUUCGAUCCGACCUCACGCCAUUGCAUAUUGCCGCGGAAUUCGGAGCACUUGAUGUUGUAGUGGCUUUACUCAGGUACGGAGCCGAUCCUGCAGCCGAAGACUCUGAGGGUAAUUCCCCGGCUAGGUUAGCAGGUGAUUCCAACAAUUAUUCUUCCAGCAGUGAAGCUCGAGGUAUAGUUAUAACUAUGUUGAUAGAAGCUGGGGGAUCAUACUAA